AUGAGAAGAACAACUCUUUAAUCUGAUUUGAAGUUACAUAAGAAAAAAAUGUUUAACAAAGAAAAUACACAAUAACCAGCGCAAACAGGUAGGAAGCAUUUCGAAGAAAAACAAUGUUACUUACCUUCAAGAUAAAAUGAAGAUGAUGGUUAAAAUAAGAAAACUCUAAUGUUAUUUCCAGAAAAAAAAAAUGUUACUAAUUAUGAUAAUGUCAUUGAACGUAGACCCUCAAUUAGAAUAUUUUAAUAGCAAACAACCACUUCAAAUUUUAGACUUUGUGAUAAAUAAUCCUAAGUAUCAAAGAGUUCCACAAACUUUCAUCCUCUUCGAAGUACUUCAGCCAAUAUUUAUUCAAUCUUCAAUAAUGAUAGAGGAUUAAAUGGAAACAAAUUUUGAAAUUUUUUAUUUCACUUCAAAUUAUAAAAUAAAACAAUAUUAAUA